UUCCAUUCGUUAGUGCAGACGAGCGUGUUUGAAACGUUUAGAAGAAGGUUUAUGAGAAGUUAUCUUUUGCCGUUGUACAGUGGAAAAUCUACAUUUGUAUUGACUUUCUCCUCUCCUAAACGGUAGAGGAGGAAUAAUAGGUCUGUGCGUAACUGUAGUGGACCACUUUAAAUAAUUCCUUACGUAACCAAAGGUUAGCUUUAUUAAUUUGUAGCCGUGUUGAUCACGGAACCAACACAGCGAAGUUAUGGCGGAUGUUACUGCCCGUAGCUUGCAGUACGAGUACAAAGCGAACUCUAAUUUGGUCUUGCAAGCGGACCGUUCGCUUAUCGACCGCACACGUCGCGAUGAGCCUACCGGGGAGGUUCUGUCGCUCGUGGGGAAACUGGAGGGGACCAAGAUGGGGGACAAGGCCCAGAGAACCAAACCAUCGAUGCUGGAGGAGAGACGAGCAAAGCGGAGGAAGCGAGAUGAGGAUCGUCAUGACAUCAACAAGAUGAAGGGCUUCACACUGCUGUCGGAGGGCAUCGACGACAUGGUGGGCAUUGUCUACAAACCCAAGACAAAGGAGACCAGGGAGACAUACGAGAUCCUGCUCAGCUUCAUCCAGGCUGCGCUCGGAGACCAGCCGCGUGACAUCCUGUGCGGUGCGGCCGACGAGGUCCUGGCCGUGCUGAAGAGCGAUAAGAUGCGGGACAAAGAGCGGCGACGAGAGGUGGAGCAGCUGCUGGGCGUCACCGAUGACACGCGCUACCACGUGCUGGUCAACCUGGGCAAGAAGAUCUCCGACUACGGCGGCGACAAGGAGCUCCAGAACAUGGAUGAUAAUAUUGAUGAGACGUACGGAGUCAACGUGCAGUUUGAGUCCGAUGAAGAGGAGGGUGAUGAGGAUCAGUACGGCGAGGUGAGGGAUGAAGGCUCCGAUGAAGACAGCGAGGGGGAGGAGGCCGGCGUGGGCUGCGCACUCUCUGCUAAUCUGGGCGCUACCGGUGACGUGAUGAGUGCUAAGAAGAAGGAUCUGCACCCGCGUGACAUCGACGCCUUCUGGCUCCAGAGACAGCUGAGCCGUUUCUAUGAUGACGCCAUCGUGUCUCAGAAGAAGGCUGAUGAGGUCUUGGAGAUCCUGAAGACGGCCAGUGAUGACCGAGAGUGUGAGAACCAGCUGGUGCAGCUGUUGGGCUUCAAUACAUUUGAUUUCAUCAGAGUCCUGCGCCAGCAUAGACGCAUGAUCCUGUACUGCACCAUGCUGGCCAGUGCUCAGAGCGAGGCUGAGAGGGACCGCAUCAUCAGCAAGAUGGAGGCCGACCAGGACCUGUCCAGAGUGCUCUACCAGCUGCAGGAGACCGAGAAGGAGGACAUCAUCCGGGAGGAGAGGUCUCGCAGAGAGAGGGUGAGGAAGUCUCGAGUGGACGACAUGGAGUCGAUGGAUGUCGACCAUGGACAGUCUGUGGCCCCACGGCAGCUGUUGGACCUGGAGGACCUGACCUUCACCCAGGGAAGCCACUUCAUGGCCAACAAGCGUUGUCAGCUGCCAGACGGAUCCUUCCGGAAACAGCGUAAGGGCUACGAGGAGGUGCACGUGCCAGCACUCAAGCCCAAACCCUUCGGCGAGGACGAGGUGCUGGUAAACAUUGAGAAGAUACCAAAGUAUUCCCAGGCUGCCUUUGAGGGGUUUAAAAGCCUGAACCGCAUUCAGAGCAAACUCUUCAAGACUGCCAUGGAGACCGAUGAAAACCUACUAGUGUGCGCUCCCACUGGCGCGGGUAAGACCAACGUGGCUCUGAUGGCCAUGAUCCGAGAGAUUGGGAAGCACAUCAACAUGGACGGCACCAUCAACACCGACGACUUCAAGAUCAUCUACAUCGCCCCCAUGCGCUCCCUGGUGCAGGAGAUGGUGGGCAGCUUCAGCAAGCGAUUGGCAAGUUACGGCAUCACUGUGUCUGAGUUGACCGGUGACCACCAGCUGUGCAAAGAAGAGAUCAACGCCACACAGAUCAUCGUGUGCACACCUGAGAAAUGGGACAUCAUCACACGCAAGGGCGGCGAGCGCACCUACACACAGCUUGUGCGCCUCAUCAUCAUCGAUGAGAUCCACCUGCUGCACGAUGACCGUGGUCCGGUGCUGGAGUCGCUGAUUGCGAGGACCAUCCGUAACGUGGAGCUGACGCAGGAGGACGUCCGCCUGAUCGGCCUCAGCGCCACGCUGCCCAACUACGAGGACGUGGCCACAUGCCUACGCGUCGACCCCGCAAAGGGCCUCUUCUACUUCGACAACAGCUUCCGUCCCGUUCCUCUGGAGCAGACCUACGUGGGCAUCACGGAGAAGAAGGCCAUCAAGCGCUUCCAGAUCAUGAACGAGAUCGUCUACGAGAAGAUCAUGGAGCACGCCGGCAAGAACCAGGUGCUGGUAUUUGUGCACUCCCGUAAGGAGACGGGGAAGACGGCGCGGGCCAUCAGGGACAUGUGUCUGGAGAAGGACACGCUGGGGCUCUUCCUGCGCGAGGGAUCCGCCUCCACUGAGGUGCUGCGCACUGAGGCCGAGCAGUGCAAGAAUCUGAGCCGAGACCUGCUGCCGUACGGCUUUGCUAUCCAUCAUGCCGGAAUGACCAGAGUGGACAGAACCCUGGUGGAGGAUCUGUUUGCUGACCGCCACAUCCAGGUGCUGGUGUCGACAGCCACUCUGGCCUGGGGUGUGAACUUGCCUGCUCACACGGUCAUCAUCAAAGGCACGCAGGUGUACAGCCCAGAGAAGGGCCGCUGGACAGAGCUUGGGGCCCUGGACAUCAGCUGUUACAUUCUCAUUGGUCGUUAUGUGACGGACUUGGGCCGCAUCGCUAGUCACUUCUACAUCACCCACGACUCCAUCAUGACCUACAACCAGCUGCUGAAGCCCACCCUGAGCGAUCGAAGCCCCUCGUUCUCCCUUUCCUCCGAGUUCAGGAACAUCACCGUCAGAGAGGAAGAGAAGCUGGAGCUGCAGAAGCUGCUGGAGAGAGUGCCCAUCCCCGUGAAGGAGAGUAUCGAGGAGCCCAGCGCUAAGAUCAACGUGUUGCUGCAGGCCUACAUCUCUCAGCUGAAGCUGGAAGGCUUUGCCCUCAUGGCUGACAUGGUGUACAUCACACAGAGUGCCGGCCGUCUCAUGAGGGCCAUCUUUGAGAUUGUGUUGAGUAGAGGCUGGGCCCAGCUGACGGACAAGACCAUGAACCUCUGCAAGAUGAUCGACAAGAGAAUGUGGCUGUCCAUGUCUCCUCUGCGGCAGUUCCGGAAGCUUCCAGAGGAGGUCAUAAAGAAGAUUGAGAAGAAGAACUUCCCCUUCGAGCGCCUCUAUGACCUCAACCACAAUGAGAUUGGUGAGCUGAUCCGUAUGCCUAAGAUGGGGAAGACCAUCCACAAGUACCUGCAUCAGUUCCCCAAGCUGGACCUGGCCGUGCACAUCCAGCCAAUCACACGCUCCACGCUCAAAGUAGAGCUGACCAUCACGCCUGACUUCCAGUGGGACGACAAGGUGCACGGCUCAUCAGAGGCCUUCUGGAUCCUGGUGGAGGACGUGGACAGCGAGGUGGUGCUGCACCACGAGUACUUCCUGCUCAAGGCCAAGUACGCGCAGGACGAGCACCUGGUCACCUUCUUCGUCCCUGUGUUUGAGCCGCUGCCCCCGCAGUACUUCAUCCGCGUGGUGUCUGACCGCUGGCUAUCGUGUGAGACGCAGCUCCCCGUGUCGUUCCGUCACCUGCUACUACCGGAGAAGUACCCUCCCCCCACUGAGCUGCUGGACCUGCAGCCGCUGCCCGUCACUGCCCUCCGCAACGCCGCCUUCGAGAGCCUCUACCAGAACAAGUUCCCCUUCUUCAACCCCAUCCAGACACAGGUGUUUAACGCGGUGUACAACAGCGAUGACAACGUGUUUGUGGGCGCCCCCACUGGCAGUGGCAAGACCAUCUGUGCGGAGUUUGCCAUCCUCAGGAUGCUGCUGCACAACGCAGAGGGACGCUGUGUCUACAUCACGCCUAUGGAGGCCCUCGCUGAACAGGUGUUUGUGGACUGGCACCAGAAGUUCCAGGAUGCGUUGAAUAAGAAGGUGGUGCUGCUGACGGGCGAGACCAGCACUGACCUCAAGCUGCUGGGCAAGGGUGACAUCAUCGUCUCCACGCCUGACAAGUGGGACAUCCUGUCACGCCGCUGGAAGCAGAGGAAGAACGUGCAGAACGUCAGCCUCUUCAUCAUCGACGAGACGCACCUCAUAGGGGGAGAGAACGGGCCGGUGCUGGAGGUGAUCUGCUCUCGGAUGCGCUACAUCUCGUCCCAGAUCGAGCGGCCGAUCCGCAUCGUUGCUCUGAGCUCGUCGCUGGCCAACGCCAAAGAUGUGGCCCACUGGCUGGGGUGCAGCACCACGGCCACCUUCAACUUCCACCCCAACGUCAGACCUGUACCGCUGGAGCUGCACAUCCAGGGCUUUAACGUGAGUCACACCCAGACGCGCCUGCUGUCCAUGGCCAAGCCCGUGUAUCACGCCAUCAUGAAGCACUCGCCCAGCAAGCCCGCCGUGGUGUUCGUACCGUCGCGCCGCCAGACGCGCCUCACCGCCAUCGACAUCCUCACCUUCUGCGCCGCAGACGUCACACCUCAGAGGUUCCUGCACUGUACAGAGAAGGACCUGACACCCUUCCUGGACAAGCUGAGUGAUUUGACCCUGAAGGAGACCCUGUCCAAUGGGGUGGGCUACCUGCACGAGGGCCUCUCUGCUGGGGAACGCAGGAUUGUAGAACAGCUCUUCAACUCCGGUAUGUCCCAUCGGCACCUGUCGGACCACCUGUCGGAGCUGGUGGAGAACACACUGCAGGACCUGGAGCAGUCCAAGUGCAUCAGCAUCGAGGACGAGAUGGACGUGGCGCCCCUCAACUUGGGCAUGAUCGCCGCCUACUACUACAUCAACUACACCACCAUCGAGUUGUUCAGCAUGUCUCUGAACGCCAAAACGAAGAUCCGCGGCCUGAUUGAGAUCAUUUCCAACGCCGCAGAGUACAAGAACAUUCCCAUCAGGCACCACGAAGAUGCACUUCUCAGACAGCUGGCACAGAAGGUGCCUCACAAGCUGACCAACCCCAAGUUCAACGACCCACACGUGAAGACCAACCUGCUGCUACAGGCUCACCUGUCCCGCAUGCAGCUGAGCGCAGAGCUGCAGUCCGACACCGAGGACAUCCUCAGCAAGGCGGUGCGUCUGAUCCAGGCCUGUGUGGACGUGUUGUCCAGUAACGGCUGGCUGAGUCCAGCCCUGGCCGCUAUGGAGCUGGCCCAGAUGGUCACCCAGGCCAUGUGGUCCAAGGACUCCUACCUCAAGCAGCUGCCCUUCUUCAGCACCGACCACAUCAAGAGAUGCACCGACAAGGGCGUGGAGAGCAUCUUUGACAUCAUGGAGCUGGAGGAUGACGAGCGUAACGGGCUGCUGCAGCUGUCGGACGGCCAAAUGGCCGAUGUGGCCCGCUUCUGCAACCGCUACCCCAACAUCGAACUGUCCUACGAGGUGGCCGACAAGGACAUCGUCAAAAGUGGUGGUCCAGUUCUGGUUCUGGUGCAGCUGGAGAGAGAGGAGGAGGUGACUGGUCCAGUCAUUGCACCAUUCUUCCCUCAGAAACGUGAGGAAGGCUGGUGGGUGGUGAUCGGAGACCCCAAGUCCAACAGUCUAAUCUCCAUCAAGAGGCUCACGCUGCAACAGAAGGCCAAGGUGAAGUUGGACUUUGUGGCCCCGGUCCAGGGUGUCCACAACUACACGCUCUAUUUCAUGAGCGACGCCUACAUGGGCUGUGACCAGGAGUACAAGUUCAGCGUGGACGUCAAGGAGGCCGACAGCGAGGGCGAGAGCGACUCCGACUGAUCUGGAGUCAGGCCACGCGCCCUGUCCGAGCCCAGGGCGUAGUCAAGGAGACUCGUACACGUGUCUCAGGCUGAUCUGGGAGCAGAGAAAUGGCGUCGUCCUUUAAUGGCUGUCUGUAUUUUGUAUAUAAGCCAGUGAGCUGUGGGGCAGUGAAAUACUGCUUGUCUUAUUCCUUUUCCCUGUUUAAUCCACACAUGACUGUGAUAAAAUCACCUCUUUUGAAGCGGCUCGUGGUGGGUUUUUAAUGUAGCCGAUGAUAGCGCUUGCUAGUGUAAAACCAGGGGUAAUCACUGGGAGCAGACAUUGCAAACCCAAAACGUUUUGGUGUGUUGUAUCCCUACAGAAUCCUUCUUUGGUUUCACCACAGAAGUAACUAAGUUGAGAGAAGUAAUGCUUAUUUGAAAUGUGAAACGCAUUUUUUAUAAUGGAAAUCGGCCAUGGUUGUUUUGUAGUGUUUUAUGCCAGUCUAAAUAAACAAAUAAAAACAA